CCAAAGUAAUGUGUUCUUCUCUUCUUGUGUGUUUGUGGUGCGUCUGCUGUGCGUGACUUGUAUGAGUUAAAAUAUAAAAGACAUUUUCUUCCUUCGGUCUUGGUGUUGUAUUAGCAAGUAUUCUUUCGGUCUCGCCUUUGCACUCUCUCUCUCUCUCUCUCUCUCUCUCUCUCUCUAGACCCCAUCUCCUUCAUCUCCUCCACCUCCUCCACACCGUAAUCAGACCUCGGAGAAGAUCAGACCUUGGUGCUGUCUGAGCUGGUGGGUCGCGUCUCUGCUGGGUCUUUCUUGCGUUGGGUGAACAAAAAUCGCACCUUUCUUCGGCAAUAUUUCUGCGGCAGCGGGGCACCAAAAGCAAACAAAGAGGCAUGAGGAUCAGGAAGAGGCAAGUCCAUCUUCCUCUCUCGGCUCUCUCGCCGGCCCCUCUCUCAGAUCCCCUCUCCAGCCACCGCUCUUACCUGGUGCAACUCCGGUCCGCCCAUGACGACGACAAAGCCGACGGCCCCACCAGUUCUCAGCCGUCUGAUCGACCCAAUCGGCCUUCCCAACCGCUCGGACCAGACACGGAAGCCCGGGAUUCGCCCGAUUCCGCUGCCGCUCUGGAGGAGAGCGAAAGAAGGACAGAUUUCCCCGAGUUGUUGUUGUUGCAAGAAGAGGAAGAAGAUGGAGGAGAGAAGAAGAAGGGUAAUGAUUCCAGUGCUUUGGCCGCGGAAUAUCCAAGCGGGUCUCUUGCAAGUUCAUCUCUUUCCCGUCAAGCAGCGGAGAGAUGGUGCGAGGGGGAGAGAGCGUUUCCGCUGAAGAAGAGGAGAGGGACUUUGGGCGACACCGCGAUGCUAGAUGUUAAAGAUAGCGGCAGCAAGAAGAUGAAGUCAGCCAAGUCCGGGAACGCGAGAACAAGCAAGAAAGAUGCGAGGCGAGACGAUAUCGAUGAGGAUGGUGACCGCGAAUUCGAAGAAGGGCGAGGCCAAGGUGGAGGGGAAGAGAAGAAGGUUUCGGUGGGCAUUGAGAGCUCCGGUGCAAAGAAGAAAGGGAGGGGCGGCGCGCUCAUGGAAGGUUCGAGGUGCAGCCGCGUCAACGGGAGAGGAUGGCGGUGUUGCCAGCAGACUCUGGUGGGGUACUCGUUGUGCGAGCAUCACUUGGGCAAAGGGAGGCUCAGGAGCAUGACGAGCGUCCGGAGCAAAAGCAAGAGACCCAACUUGCCACCGCCCUCGCGAGCUGACGAACUACUCCCGGGAGAGAGAGCUCUAGAUUCACCGCCAAAAGCGGAAGGCCCCGAAGAUGGAGAUGAAGAAGAUGACGGGGACAUCGAGGAGAAGGCGGCGGUGAAGAAGAAGGUGAAGCUCGGGAUGGUGAAAGCUCGCUCCAUGAGCAGCCUGCUCGGCCAAGCAACAGCCGCAACCGCCGACACGCUGCGAUGAUGUCGGGAGCAUGGAGAAGAGAAGCAUGUGCGAGCGCCAAGUCUAGGUUAGCAACAAUGCUAGCCAUACUAUGACUGAGCUCAUGUAUCGGCAUGCAGCUGAGUGAUUCGACAUACUCUUAUUAGCGUACCUAGCGUCCGACAACGUCGGGGAAAGAACCGGAGAGGGACAAGAACGGAGGUGUGGGUAUUGAUCUACUAGGUCAACUGUUUCUAAUGUUUUCGAGCUGUGUAUUGUUUCAUGUAAGGAAUCAGAUAAAAGAAAAGGCGUGUUCUCCGUGAGAUUUUCAAAUCAAAUUUUUUUGUGGGUUUUCAAUUUUCGUUCAGUUUGGAUUAUUCUUUGAUGCUCA